AUUACACUUGAAAACAAUGUUUGUAAAACGAGUUUUUCGCCAAAAUGCCAGCAUUUAUUACACCUAUUUAGAUACAUUACCAUUAUUUUUUAUAGUUCCAAAUGAUGUUACUGAUCAUUCCAAUUUAUGUGCCGGAUAAAUGUUGAUUUGGUACAAUCUCUUUUUUGAAACCGGUUUUUCAGCUUUCAAAAUGAGUUCUAUUUUUAGCAUCAAGCAUUGUGUACAUUUUGUGAUAACUGGGCGAACCUACUGCAACCAUAAAAGAGUUGCAGCAAUAUGGCAUCUUCAAAGUACAGAACCACCCAGAUCUUGUUUGUAAUAUGCAACCUGCUGUUUUUGGUGAUGGGUGUGGCAAUGUUGGUUGUUGGAGCAUACUGGCAGAUUUCCCGCUCUAACUACAUUGACCUGAUGCCAAGCGACGAGUUCUUCACCGUGACAGCCCUCCUAAUUGCCUCAGGAACCAUUGUGAUUGUUGUCUGCCUGUUUGGAUUCAUUGGUGUCUGGAUGCAGAGCCAAUGUGUCAUCCUCAUUUACAUGCUGUGUGUGUUGGUUAUACUAGCUCUGUCAAUAGCAGCAGGAGUAAUUGCUUAUGUGUUCCAUAGUGAGAUAGACUCAGAAUUGGAGAAAAAACUACUGGAAGGUUUGAGGGACUCAGAAAAGAGAGAUGAGUGGGACAAAUUGCAACAAGCGGAGCGUUGUUGUGGUGUGAAAAACUCCACAGACUGGUAUGGCCAGAUUGACCCCGACUACCCGGAGACGCUCCCCGACUCCUGCUGUGAUGGGCCUAACUGUGGCUCACAGGGGAGAACUGUUGCUUAUGAUGUGGGUUGCUAUCAGAAGGGGAAGAACUGGGUAGAGGACAAUUUCUAUGCCCUUGGUGCUGCCGGGAUAACGCUUGGUGUCCUACAGAUUGUCACUGUGCUUGUUUCAUGCCUACUGAUUAUGAUGAUGCGACGAGAGAAGACCCUGAUGGUUUGAGGAGGGCCUUGUCAUUUACUUGAAGUUGUCAGAAACUACAGACAUACUAGUUGUUAAAUUGUCAUCAUAUCUUGAAAUCAUACUUUUUUAUUUUAAAAAUGUUUUUUUGAGACAAAUGCUGAAGACACAAAACUGGGUUCCAGCACAUUAUGACAUUCCACCUGUGUGUCUAUGGUAUAGAGUGUUAGUGAUGUAUACCAUUUUGAAUAUGAUUUAGUGGAAGCUUAAGUGAGGUUGCAUAAUAUAUCGGUAACACAUAGGUGGUUUAAACAAACUAUUGGUUUAUAAGAUUACAUUCAAGAAUGCCCUGAAUCUCAAAUACUCACAAAAUAUUUAUGUUUUUAUUAAAGCUUAUAUAUUAUUAACUACAUGCAUAUACAUGUGGCUGUAAUAAAUUGUUAAAUAAUAAUGUAUCAUUUUGAAUUUUGGUUUAUUCUGUUAAGUUACUCCAUCUGAAUGCCUAAGCAUAAUGGAAGUAUCUGCAAUUCGUAACAAUCUUUGGAACAUAAUAUAUCACAUUGUUUCCACAUGUGUGAAGCUUGAUGGAAUCCCUCCCACAAAAAAGCUAGUUCGCUAAUACUAGCAGCUCAUUUCAUUUUGGAAACAUUUUAAAAGGAAACAUUGCUGAGUAUAAAUAUGUAGAAUAAAUGGCAGAAAAAAUAUAUUA